AAUAAUAUUGUACGUUUUUGUUUUGAUUUGUUUUUAGUGAUUCUGAUCCACACUACUCACCAGUUGGUGGCGGUAAUGCACCAGUUCGUUGUUUGCCAACCGCCAUAAAACAAUAAGAGAAGAAGAAGAAGAAGAAGAAGUCGUAGAAGUCCCAUGCAAUGUGCAAUCUUUGGUGCUUGGCGGUUUAGUUACACAAAUCUAAAUGCAGCUAAGGACAAUUUACCUCCAAGAAAAAUAACGAAAACAUUUGAAGUGAGAAUGUUCAAACUGUGCUCAGUGUUCACAUGCAGCUGAAUAACGGUCCCUGCGCCUGAUGCUAGCGCGCGAGCUAGCGUCAUGUCCGAGUGGCUCGGUGUGUGUGUGCUCCUCAGCCUGUUGCUCAGUCUUCUAACAGCGGCCGGCUACGUGUUGUUCUCCGCCGUCCGGUCGGACAUCACCGUGGUGACCGGCUCUCCUCCCAUAAAGAGGAUCACCUUCGCAUACAAGUUCAGAGAGGCACGGCGCGACGCCCGCGGACAACUCUUCGACGAGUCUCGCAGCAUCGGACCGAAGCUCUCGCGCAUCCGAGUCUUUUAUGCCGAGCCCACGAAGGUGCCUGGACCACAGUGCCGCUGUGCCAUUGGCUGUAUUCUGAGUGAAGGAGAAAACAAGGCAGACGAGGAGCUUACGAGGCGCUUUGAGACGUCUGGCUUCAAUGUUUUUUCCUUUCCCGAAGUCACACACGUGGUCACUACCUCGUUACCCCACAGGGCCUUUUUCUCUGUUCUGCUGCGAGUGUGGAGAGUCUACUCACAGCUGGAGCUCUACAUCAAGCAGAGGAGGCUGUGUGCACACCCGUUCCUUGAGAUCUACAGGGAGGGUCGGAUCCAGUUCAUGGCCCCCUUGGCUCGGCAGGGAGAUUUCUAUGUCCCUGAAGCCCGGCAAGUUGAAAGGAGGCUGUCGGAACAAGAGGAACCACACAGUGAUACAGAAGUCUCAGGUGCAGACUCGAACAGUGAAUACAGCUCGGGGAGUGGGGUUCUCCUGUCAGACAGCAGAGAGUCGUCCCCAGCGGCAUCCUCGGUCCACUCUGUGGAUCAAGGGGAUAGAGAUGACAGAGGGGGAAGCUCUGGGGGAACCUCCUUUAAAGAGCCGGACUGGGAGCAGGCUGGUGGACAGACCGACGAGAGAGAAGGGAGGCCUCAUAGAGACUCCGUCCAGAAGAGCCAGGAGGUUCCCACUCAGGAGUGGUGGGGCGUCGUCGGAGGGGAGGAGUGAAAGUUCACCCAGACACAUUUGUUAAUGAUGAGAGAAUAAAGGGAUUGGUGGGUGACACUCUUUAUUUUUUUUAAAGUCUAUAAAUACCAUGAAAAGAUCAAAACCAAUAAUAUAACAUCCAUUAUUUCCUAGACAAGAUGUCAAAGUCAAAUUAUUUCCUACAACAGCUGAACACUGUAUUGUUUUUUUCGCAGACGCUACUCAAAGUGGAGUAAAUAGAUUAUGGCAGUGGGAUGGUAUAUGUCGGAUCCAUAAAUAAACUACAGUGUGCAUUCAUUGUAAUGAAGCCACAUGUUUUGGCAGUGCAGUGGAUACUCUUUUUUGUUUGUUUGGGUUUUUAAAUAGUUUCUGGAAAACAACGGAGGUCUAUGACCAAUUAAUCAGCAUAUCAAACUUUGCACAGACAAUUCUAUAAAGUCAUUGUUUUUUUAUUUAAUGGUCUUUUCAUGGGAUUUGUUGACAUAUUUGCUGAAAUAUAUGGAAUAUCACCAGACUUAGUCUGGAGGUGAUGGUGUUAACAUCUGCUAGAUAUUCUUCACAGGAAACGAGAGGAUAUUCAGGAAGCCUGAGUUUCUUGAAACAUUUUUACAAGAUUACUGAACUGAAGUGUUUGUUAGCCAAAGCCUUUUACUUGAAUAUCUCCCUCUAUAAUAUGUAAUCUCUCCAUUUGAAAUGAUCAAAGCUGUUGUGAAAAAUGAUCCAUUUUUGUCAGACCAAUAUAAACAUAGUUGCGUUUAAUUUAAGUAAAUUUAGCGACUUGUUUACAAAGGACCUUAAUGGCAUUUAUUAAUAACGGACACAAACCUGUUUGUGUUUGAAUAAGCAAAUAGACCUCACAAAGUGUUCUUCACUGUUUUCUUGUGUUUUGGAUAUUUGAAUAUGCUUUUUUUUUUUUUUUUACAAGGCUGUGUGUGGCAAGGUGUGACUGAAUGCGUAAUUACGUCUUCCUGACCACCUUUAAGAUCUAGGACAUGAUUAUGGUGAGUGUGCUGCCAAGACAAGUGGGCUGACCAUUAAUCUUUAUUUCCCUCCGACUGAAAGGAAAGCUCUGGGACUCUACCUAUUAUUUACAGACGCUCUACAUCUGACCUCUGGCCUCCUUAAAUGAUCCCCCCAAUAUUCAAUCCCAGCUCCUUCCUUUUCUGUUUGGACAUCAAUUUCUUUACUUUCUCUGCCAUUUGUUAAUUCCUGUUUGUUUUAUCUGCCUCGCUCUCUUUUGAAAUAAAUAUGGCAGCUUGAGCCACAACAACAACCACCUGAUGACCCACACCCUGCAAUGUGCUGUACAUCUAGACAUAUCAAUAUCCUUAAUCUUCCACACCAAACUUCUCACGGCAAGCCGCGUUCACUUGCCGAGUGCGGGAAAUAAAUGAUGUGCAUCUGUGCAAUUAAGUGAGAGAUUGAUUAGACACACAUGGCAUUUUACAGCCUUUUACAUAUUCUGAGUUCAUCAAGUGCAAUUAACAUUCUUCAGAUGAUCAUUUUUACCUCUGACAGGCCAACAAGGCUUCCUUUACUGUAAGUGUUGCAUUAGAUUGUGAAAUAAACUGUUGAUAUAA